AUGAGCCUGAACUUGGAACAAGUUUUAGGAUUUAAAGUAAGGGUUACUAACAUCCUAGAUGUUGUGACUCAAGGUAGAAUUUAUUCUUACAACUCUACCAAUAAUACAUUGACUUUGUUAGUACUAAAGAAACCUCAACAACCGCAUGUCUUCAAAAUUAUCAAAAUUACAUUUAUUAAGAGCCUAGAAGUUAUCGGCGAUAAGCCACUCAGUAGUGGAAUGAAAAGAGAUCCUAUCAAACCCGUUUCUGUUAGUAUAAAAAGAGUUGAAAACUUACUUCGCGAAAAGAUCCUUCAAGCUCGGGAAGAUGAUCUGAUCAUUGGCAAAGGGGUUACGUCAGAAGGCCAGCUUGUCUUCAACACGCUAUACAAAACAGUACCUGAGACCAAAUGGUCCGGAAAGAGCAUCGUGGUUCUUGAUGAAGUUGAGAUUAAUCCCCCUUAUAUGAUAAAGAACAUAAAACCACUUAAUGCGCAAGACGCCAAGUCCCUGGAUCUGGUUCAAAAAAUUGUCGGAGGAGCCUGGAAGAAAAUGGAAAGCGAGAGAAAAGGUGGUUAG